AUGGACCAUCCAACACCCAAGGUCCUCCUAGCCAGGCCCCGCUGCCCCUCCCUACGAAUGUGGGCUUUGGAGGCCAGCAGCGGGAGGUUCUCAGUGCCACCCUCCAUCAGCAUCUCUCACUUGACCCUGCCACUCUGGGUCCUGGCUGCCUGCCCUCUGACGCUCCUGCCCUCCACCCUGUGCAGCAGGAACCCGGCCAUGGUGAACGAACCCAGAGGGGAUGGUGGCCCCAUGUCCCGCUCGGAGGGCAGCAGCAGUGGCAGCGAGAGCUCCAAGGAUAGUUCGAGAUGUUCCACGCCGGGGCUGGACCCCGAGCGCCACGACAGACUCAGGGAGAAGAUGAGGCGGAGGAUGGAAUCUGGUGACAAGUGGUUCUCCCUAGAAUUCUUCCCUCCUCGGACCGCUCAGGGAGCCGUCAAUCUCAUCUCGAGGUUUGAUCGGAUGGGGGCAGGUGGCCCCCUCUUCAUAGAUGUGACCUGGCACCCGGCCGGGGAUCCCGGCUCAGACAAGGAGACCUCCUCCAUGGUGAUCGCCAGCACUGCCGUGAACUACUGUGGCCUGGAGACCAUCCUGCACAUGACCUGCUGCUGUCAGAGCCGGGAACAGAUCACGGGCUAUCUGCGCAAGGCCAAGCGGCUGGGCCUGAAGAACAUCUUGGCGUUGAGGGGAGACCCCGUGGGUGACCAGUGGGAAGAGGAGGAAGGAGGCUUCAGCUAUGCUGCAGACUUGGUGAGGCACAUCCGAAGCGAGUUUGGAGACUACUUUGACGUCUGUGUGGCAGGUUACCCCAAAGGCCACCCCGACGCAGGGAGCUUUGAGGCCGACCUGAAGUACUUGAAGGAGAAGGUAUCUGCAGGAGCCGACUUCAUCAUCACCCAGCUUUUCUUUGAGGCUGACACAUUCUUCCACUUUGUUAAGGCUUGCAGCGAGAUAGGCAUUACCUGCCCCAUCCUCCCCGGAAUCUUUCCUAUCCAGGGCUACCACUCCCUUCGGCAGCUUGUGAAACUGUCCAAGCUGGAGGUACCGCAGCAGAUCAAGGACGUGAUCGAGCCAAUCAAAGACAAUGACGCUGCCAUCCGCAACUAUGGCAUCGAGCAGGCUGUGAGCCUGUGCCAGGAGCUUCUGACCAGUGGCUUGGUGCCAGGCCUUCACUUCUACACCCUCAACCGCGAGAUGGCCACCACAGAGGUGCUGAAGCGCCUGGGCAUGUGGAUUGAGGACCCCAGGCGUCCCCUGCCCUGGGCCGUCAGUGCCCACCCCAAGCGCCGGGAGGAGGACGUGCGUCCCAUCUUCUGGGCCUCCAGACCAAAGAGUUACAUCUACCGCACCCAGGAGUGGGAUGAGUUCCCCAACGGCCGCUGGGGCAAUUCCUCCUCUCCAGCCUUCGGGGAGCUGAAGGACUACUACCUCUUCUACCUGACGAGCAAGUCCCCGAGGGAGGAGCUGCUGAAGAUGUGGGGGGAGGAGCUGACCGGGGAAGAAAGCGUCUUUGAAGUCUUUGCCUGCUACCUCUCGGGAGAGCCCAACCAGAAUGGCUAUAAGGUGACUUGCCUGCCCUGGAAUGACGAGCCCUUGGCGGCCGAGACCAGCCUGAUGAAGGAGGAGCUGCUUCGAGUGAACCGGCAGGGCAUCCUCACCAUCAACUCCCAGCCCAACAUCAACGGGAAGCCAUCCUCCGACCCCAUUGUGGGCUGGGGCCCCAGUGGGGGCUAUGUCUUCCAGAAGGCCUACUUGGAGUUCUUUACUUCCCGUGAGACGGUGGGGGCGCUUCUGCAGGUGCUGAAGAAGUAUGAGCUCCGGGUUAAUUACCACAUCGUGGAUGUGAAGGGUGAAAACAUCACCAAUGCCCCUGAGCUGCAGCAUGCAUUCACUUGGGGCAUCUUCCUUGGGCGAGAAAUCAUCCAGCCUACAGUGGUGGAUCCUGUCAGCUUCAUGUUCUGGAAGGAUGAAGCCUUUGCCCUGUGGAUCGAGCAGUGGGGCAAGCUGUACGAGGAGGAGUCUCCGUCCCGCAUGAUCAUCCAGUACAUCCACGACAACUACUUCCUGGUCAACCUGGUAGAUAACGAGUUUCCGCUGGACAACUGCCUGUGGCAAGUGGUAGAAGACACGUUUGAGCUUCUCAAGAGACCCGGGCCAGAGCAGGAGACAGAGACCCUGUGA